AUGCCUCAACAAAAAACACGUAUUAAUUCGACCCUAGCGUGUGUAAAUUGUCAAUGGAGACAUGUAAGAUGCAUAAAAAUUCACGGAGAAGAUUCUUGUACAAACUGUAGAAAAUACAACCGACCCUGUAUUUAUAUUCCGGGUAACAAACGUGGACCAAAGCGACAUAGACUAAAUACUAGAUUUGCUAAUCUUCAGCCUUUUUCAAAUAUUAAUCCUUAUCGUUAUGAAGCAGCUCAAAUCCAGUAUCAGAAACAGCUCAUUGGAGACAGCUUAUAUCCAGAGUUUGGAGUAGAUUAUACUCAACAUCAACUCAUGCCCAAUAUCGAUGGCAUUUCAUAUCCAACACCAGGAAUACACGUAGCAUAUACCCAGUAUCAAGGUCAAUCCAACUUAUCAUCAUCCUUUUUUGUUCACGAUGAAUUAAUGCCAAAUAAUAAACAAAAAAACAUCGUGUCAUCCUCUAUUUCUUCUACUAAUGGUCCAAAUGAUCUCUUCUCCUUCAGAACUCAACAUUCUUAUAAUAAUAAUAUUGACUCCUAUAAUAUUACUAAAUCAUUCCAUAAUACAUUCAUUGACCAAUUCUCCUUAAUACCUUCCUCUUUCGUUCAUGAUGAACAAAUGUUAUAUGAUGAACAAAAUAUCACACCAUUCUUUAAUUCUUUUUUUACUUUAUAUCCUUAUAAUAAAUAUGUAACAUUUCCUCCUAAAGCUAACCUUUAUAAGGCUACCAAAGCCUAA